AAAUCCUAUUAUGGGAGGUGAAAAACAAACACUAAAAUCUAAUUUUUUUCUGCGGUGACUGACACAUGUCGGAGAACAGAAGUUGGUUGAAAAAAUAAGGGUUGUCUAAGGGUAAGGGUCCCCUAGAUACAUUUGUUUUACCUAUGACUGCGUCUAUGAUUGGAACAAGUGGGUGUGUCUUUCAUCAAUCGAUUCAUAGCUCGCUGAACCUUUAUUCGUAUGGUAGUGCGAAGGUGCUGCGGUUUUCGGUUGGUUUUUGACACCGCGGUAUCAGUCUUGUGGUAGCCACGAUUAGUGAAAGUAAUGGAAAAACCACCAAGUGUCCCUCCACCAGAACCGGAACCCGAACCGGAAGAUUUGCACGAAAAAUACAUCGACUGCUGCUUCGAACGCAUUCGCCAGGUACGGCUCGUGAAGCAAGUGAUCGUAAUGAACGAGUUUGGCCAUCCAGUUAGGAGCACGAUCGAAAACACGGGCGAAGCGAUCACAACGGCCGGUCUGUACGCUAGUCUGAAGGAUAAAGCUUGCUAUUAUCUAAAAACAAUGGACGCGAAUGAUGAUUUUCUUAUGCUGCGUAUCAAGACGCGUAACAAUGAGGCUAUCAUUAGCACCGAUCCUGAUCAUGGUUUGCUGUACAUCACCGUGCAAGUUCCUGAGUGAGAAAACAGAGUGUAUUUUAUAUAAUUCCAAAUAAACCAAUAAAAUAAAUAUAGUUUUAAAAGUUUUCUAAGAAAUUAAGGUUUUUAAUUAAGUUUCUUUUAGCAAGAAAACGCUUAACUUCUUACCGGUCAAAUUUUAAAAUUACCGCACGCUGUUGAGUAGUUUUAUGUACGCCUCAAAGUAUGCAAUAAGGCUUUAAUUUUUAACCAUUGCAGAAGUGUCAGGCGCCGGCUGAUGCAUAGCUUGCGAAUGUUGAACGAUUAAAAGUGGGUCAUAAUAACUAAAGAAAAACACAUUUUUAAGGGAGAAAUAAGCAUGUUAAGGCGAAUCCCAACAUACUGUUUGAUAAAUUCUUCGAAUUCGCGAUCAAAUAUAAGCUUUCCAUAAAAAAUACAUGGUAAGAAAGAAUGGUAAUGUUUAAAACGAUAGCAGAACUACAUUUCAUGGAUGAAAUUUCAAUUGGCACAUAUCGAUGGAAACUUUUGGGAUUGAAAAUAAAGUAAAAGCAGAAUAAAGUAAAUUUUUAUUAGGGUUAAUACAAAACUAACAACCGAGCAUGCCCGGGAUAUGGCAAAUGACUAGGAGGAAAUGCCUAGUCAAUUUUAUUUCAAUGUUUGUUUUCGUGAAUUUAAUUCACAGUCACCACACGCGGUGGUGACAGUACGGCAUCAGUCCGUAAUAAUAAAUAAAUAAAUAAAUAAAUAAAUAAUACAAAACUAACCAACAACCAUGAACAAAUUCCUAAAAAUAUUUCGGUAUUGACAGUCUCGGCUUUACAUAGCAAACAGCUAAAGCCAACCCAAUAACUUGAAUAAUAGCUUAUUGUCAAGUACAACUGUAACAAAUCCCAAGCAUAUGAAUGCUUGAUUUUUUUUUGUAAAAUUCUGUUCAAAUAGGCAACUUAAAAAACAAACUUUUAAAACAUCUUGGAA